AUGGGGGCUCAUGACAAACUUGUGAUGGGCGAAAAACUGCACAGCCAUAGGAUUGGUGACGGCACCGGAACCACUGGCAAUGGCAUAGACCUGUCAGGUAUCAAAUGUUCCAUCUCUCCAUGGACAUAUUUCAAAGGCGCCAUCGCUCACUGCAUGGUUUGGGGCGGGUUACAACUUGGCGCCCUGAGUCCAGUUGUUACCCUGGCCACCUACCAGCUGUUGGGUCCUCGUUGUGCUGUGCUGUUUUUGGCAUUUGCCAUCCUUAGCGUCUUAGCACCGUCACGUCACUCCCCAGCCUUCUGCCGCUUCUACUUGGGAAGUGCAGCAUGUGUUGGUGGCUCGACAGUGUGGGUUCCAGACAAAAUUUUGCAGCUACUCCAAGGCAGAGGAUAUUUGGUGUGCUUCCAUCCGCAUGGCAUUCUACCGCUGGGAUUCAGCUUCAACGGGGCGCUGAGGGUGAAGGCUGAAGCACCAGAACAAUUUCUGCCCGCAUCCUUCAACUUUCCCAAGGAUUGCAACGGCGUCCAAGCUCCCGUGCUGUGGCGUGUGCCGUUCUUUGCUCCAGCUCUUCGCAUGUGGGACGCGUGCACACCUGCGACAAAAGGAAACAUGAAGAAGCUCUUGGCUGCCAAGGCUGCCUUUGGCAUCAUCCCUGGUGGCAGCGAGGAUGUAGCUAUCCAUGAGCAUGGCAAAGAGAAUGUGUACAUCAACUCCCGCUAUGGUUUUAUCAAAUAUGCUCUUCAGCAUGGCUACUCCCUGAUUUUGGCCUACACCUUUGGUGAAAAUGAUCAAUUCUAUAGCUUGUCAUGCUUAAGACCCUUGAACCUUUGGCUGGUGAAGCGUUUUGGCUUCGUGCUGCCAAUCUUUUGGGGCAAGACCUUCUUUCCACUACUGCCGAGAGGUGGUGGUUUGAACACCAUCUAUGGCAGGGUUAUCCACCUUCCAACUAUCCACGAUCCAACUUUUGAAGACCUCGUGAAAUGGCAUGCUUUGUAUGUAGAAGAGUUGAAAUCCAUGUUUGACGAAUACAAAGUGAAAUUUGGCUUUGGCGACAGAGCCGGGCUGGUGGUGAGUCCUGGAGGUGCCAUGCGCUGCGGUGAUGAAGUGUUUGGUGUGGCUGAGGGUGCUCUUCGGUCUUUCAUUGAAAGUUCUCGUUGGUUUGCGGCUCUCAUUCCGCGUGGCCUGAGUGGCGUCGAGAUGUCGUCCUUGCCCACCGUCAGCUUGACUUUGGCCGCGGCCAUGGAUUUUGGCCGCGUGGUCCAUGGUGAUGUGGUGGUCAUCCAAGCGGGCGCAGGUGGCACCGGCUGUGCGGCCUUGGCCGCUCUACGUCGCUGCGGUGCUCUACCUAUGGCGACGGCCAAGAAGCAAUGCUUUCUUCGGGUUCGCUGUGGUGUUCAAAACGUGUCAAGUACGCGCAGCGGACAGACGUUCCUGCUGGACUUCUUCGAGAAUUUGCCCCCGAGAUGUCUUGGGGCCAGCUUCAUGGUGAACAGUUUGACCCACGACGAUUUCAUCCCAAGAGGACUCUCCAUUUUGGCACCAGGAGGGCGUGCUGUGGAACUGGGGAAGUUGCGAGUCUGGUCAGUACAAGCUGUGAAUAGAUUUCGCGAAGACAUUUUGUAUGCCACCAUGCUCCUUGGCAGAUGUCACUAG